UUGCAAAGCGACCUGGGGGUGUUCCUGCCGUUCUGUGUCAUUCCUGUCUGUCUGUGAGCGCGGAGGGGAUUGACCGUCUGCCGGAGCUCUGCAUUCACAUGUCCGUGUGUGGGCGCGGAGAAAAAGGAGGCUCUCCCGUCCACCGGCUUCCACACGCAAGCUACCCGAGCCUGUCGGGGCAACCUCACCGAACUCUCGCCGCCCGGGAUGAGAAGCCGACACGGACAGCCUGAGAAGCUGCGCUCUCUGAGCACGUCGGGCUGCGAGCAUCGCUCUAUCGUCAUUCCCUCCGCGGAUCCCACCACUCGUCUGCCCUAGCUCAACCGCCUGAGAGAAAUGGGGAACAGCUUCUCCAACGUAUCGGCUUUCCAGUCCUUGCACAUUGUCAUGUUGGGGUUGGACUCGGCAGGGAAGACCACCGUCUUGUACAGGCUGAAAUUCAACGAGUUCGUCAACACGGUGCCCACUAUCGGCUUCAACACAGAGAAGAUCAAGCUGGGCAACGGGACAGCCAAGGGCAUCAGCUGCCACUUCUGGGACGUCGGCGGCCAGGAGAAGCUCCGGCCGCUCUGGAAGUCCUACAGCCGCUGCACCGACGGUAUCAUUUACGUGGUGGACUCGGUGGAUGUGGAGAGGCUGGAGGAAGCCAGGAGUGAGCUGCACAAGAUCACUAGGAUCUCGGAGAACCAGGGCACGCCGUUGUUGGUAAUUGCCAACAAGCAGGACCUGCCCAAGUCGCUGCCGGUGGCCGAGCUGGAGAGGCAGCUGGCGCUACACGAACUCAGCCCGUCCACCACCUGGUAUGUUCAGCCGGCUUGUGCGAUCAUCGGCGAGGGGCUGCACGAAGGCAUGGACAAACUGUACGAGAUGAUCGUGAAGAAGAGGAAGGCGCUGAGGCAGAAGAAGAAGCGGUGAUCGAAUGCGGGGAGGAAGGACGGACCGGGACUUGGUGUUAAGCACUCUCGGAACCCGAAUGGGCUCCUCGGAGGUCCUGUAGAAACGCACAGAUACACACAUACAUAUUUAUCUAAGCUAAAUUGAACUAAGUCAUGCACCAACAAUGAACUGGCAGAAUCGGCGGCUUGACCCAAGCGACCAGUUUAGCGCAUCAGUGAAUGGAGAGUCUCCGGACAGGAGGUGGGUGCACAGUGUUUCUCGUUCGCCCUUCUGCGUGGCCCUCAUGGGCACGGGGCAUUGACAGUUUGGAACUUUUUAAUGCGGAUUCCACAGCGCCAUUUGCGAUCUCCAUGCACCCAGCCUUUCUGUUUGAGAAAAGCAUUCGCCGUCCACACGGGGUGGACCAGCGGGCUGCGGCACAAUAAAUCUCUCCUCGCCUGCUUCGGAAGGACCGGCCGUCAGACUCGGAGCUCUUGAGGAGGGAGAUGAUCCAGAGGGGGGUCAAGGUUCGACGAAAGAAGACAAGCUAAAAGGAUAUUACAGAAUGGAGCUUGUGCAGAAGGAAAACUGUAACCCCGACCCUGACCCCGUGGCUUCUUGUCGCUAUAUUUUGAUUGUACCUUCUUAAGUUUAAUACUUUUUAGCCCAAUAUUAUAAGCUGAAAUAGGUAAGGCUGGCCCUCACCUUUACGACAUUUAGGUACUGUAUUUAUCUGCAUGUCUUUGACGGUCAGAAUAAAUUACGAUCUUGGGAUAAUAAAGGAUGAGCUUCUGA